AUGUCCACAAGCAGCAAGAUUAAUGCCAACCAUCGCAAGAGGUGGGGUUAUUCUUUUCAGUGGACUGAUGAGCAUCUUUCUCGAGAAGAGAUUGAUCGACUAAGAUCCAACUAUGACGAUCUUGGCUCAAACGCACUUGAGAAGUUCCAAGCCAUCGUUGCUGAAACCAAGGUUGAGCACCUCGCAGGAGCUCCUUCACCUGCCAAGCCGGAUCUCUACACUGUACUCAAGAACAAUUAUGAAGAUAAUGGUAUUCUAGAAGAGUUCUGGAAUGAACUUCACUCUGUCCCCGACUUCGUUGAUUGGAAGCAAAUCGAACGUGCUCAAAGUUUCUUUGCUCGAUAUGCUGUAGCCAACAGCACUGCCUUUGCACUACAAGGCUUCAUUCGGGAGAACUCUGCCUCGCCAGGUAUCGCCGAAGUGUUCGCUCGAACUGGCGGCUUUUCCAUCAAGAACUUGCUGUCUCGUGUCAUUGAGACCUUCACUUGGCUCAUUCAAGUCACCUACUCCCUUGAGUCGAUCCAACCUGGAGGAGAGGGUCACACUUCUACCAUCCGAGUUCGUCUUCUUCAUGCCUCAGUUCGCCAACGAAUCCUCAAAUUGGCACGCUCCCGAUCAGAAUACUUCCCAAUUGAGAAAUACGGUGCGCCAGUGAACGAUCUCGACAGCCUCCAUGCCAUCAGUCUAUUUUGUUGCAGUCCGAUGUGGGAUGGCUUCCCCAAGGUGGGAAUCUAUCCCAACAAGCAAGAGAUCGAAGACUUUAUUGCUCUGUUCCGCUAUGUCGCUUACCUCACUGGUACGCCAACCGAGUAUUGGGAGACGCCUGAGAAGGCCAAGGCCGUCAUGGAGACCAUGCUACUUUAUGAGCUCGAUCCAAACAAGACCUCAAAGAUCCUCGCCCACAACUUCAUCAAGUGGCUCGAAGACCAACCACCAGCGUACCUCUCACGGUCUUUCAUGGAAGCAGGCUGCCGGUGGAUGAACGGACACGCAAUGUGCGAUGCCCUGGGACUUGGUAGACCUAGUUUGUACUAUUACCUCGUUUUCGCUGGGCACAAUGUCAUUGUUGCUUCCUUGGCUUAUAGCCAGAAGUUAAUUCCAGCCUUGGAUGGAUUCAUGAUUCGAUACUUUAGAAAGACACUUUAUGAUGCUGUUACGGACAAUGCUGGUCUGGCAGGUGGCAAUGGUCCUUUCGAUUUCAAGUUCGUCCCGGAUCUUGAGCAGAAGUUUGGCAAGGAAGUAGGUCUGUUGGAAGGCCGAGGACGUAAGAAGCUCCCUCGACCAGUGGAACAUGUCUUUUUUGGAGCUUUCUUAUUUGCGUGUUUGGUGGGUAUGUUGCUCAUUUUCGCCGGAGUGAAGUUGUUCUUGAGUUUGUCUGGCAACUAG